AUGGCGGAAACAGACCACUGGUGCAGGCUUCCUGAAUAUAACGAUCUCGUUGAACAAUGCAAAUACAUUAACGCUACUGCAAAUUGUGACUUGUUUGCGAAAACAUUGGCACUUCCGAAAGAAACUGUUAGCAGUGCUUGUGGUACCAAGUGGAAAUUUAGUAGUUGUCUUAGAUAUGAUGUCAAUACUACUGACGUCAUUGACUUGAUGAACACGAAUGAUAAUCGUACACUGAACACAAUGAAAUGUGGUGACAAGAUGACAUACGAUACAAGCCAGUAUACAUCCACUGCUGUCCAAGAGUUUGGUUUUGUUUGCGACCAGUAUUAUCUGGGUCCUCUUGCAACGUCAGUACUUUUACUUGGUCCAUUCCUGGCUAAUAUUUUUAUGGGCCAAUUGGCAGACAGGAUCGGCCGUCGACCAACGUUGAUGAUCAACAUAACUAUAUUCGUGGUAUUUGGAGCUUUACAAUCUGUGAUACGAACCACUGUAGUGUUCUUUAUCUGUAAUUUCAUGGUAGGCAUAGCUAUGUUUGUUUCAGAAAUCGUUGGUCCAUCAAAACGAGGUUCUAUGACGAUGGCAUGUGUAGUAUUUUAUAGUUUGGGAUUCACUGCAUUACCUUUGAUAGCUUUCUUUAUUCGUGAUUGGUCAAUUCUUGUUCUCGUCAUUAGUGUUUCCGCUGCAGCGCUUCUUUCAUAUUGGUGGUUACUCACUGAAUCUCCAAGGUGGUUACUAUCAGUCGGCAAAGUUAAGAAUGCUAAAAAAGUGCUGCAAAAAAUGGCUAAAGUCAAUAAGGUCGUUUUACCAGAGAGUGUCUUCGAAGAAUUGAAUAAAGAAAAAUUGUGUUUGAAGACAGUUCCACCAAAAAAUGACUCAACUGAUUCAUUUUUCAGUCUUUUUCGCUAUCAAAAUAUGAGAAGAAAAACUCUGAUCAUUUACUACUGUGCCUCUUCAAUGAGUUUGCUGUAUUACGGAUUAACGUUCAACGUUGGAAACAUAGCUGGAAAUAAUUACACCAAUGCUCUGAUUGCUGGAGCUGUCGAGAUUGUAGCUUAUUCCUCGUCGAUGUACUUGGUGGAAACACGCUGUGGUAGAAAACUGACCAUAUGUAUAUCUUCCUUGACAGCAGCUAUUGCGACUGUAUCAAGUGCAUUUAUAUCUCAGUGUGGAGGUACAUUAUGGGUCAUGGUUGCUGUAUACAUGGUUGGAAAGUUUGCAGCCACAGUGGGUUAUGCAGUCAGUCAAUUAUAUGCAGGAGAGCUCUUCCCUACAACAUUGAGAUCGGUUGGAGUAAUGUCAACUUCAUCCUGUUCAAUUCUGGCUAGCUCGCUUGCUCCUCUUCUUCUGCCCCUUCGAAUGACCUGGAACCCAUUGCCACAGCUUGUGUUUGGAGGCCUAUCAAUCAUGUCGGCUUUUAUGGUAUUAACUUUACCUGAAACAAGACGCAGAAAACUUCCUGCAAAUAUAAAGGAGGCUGAGAUGUUCGGAAAAAAACAUCCUUCUUGCAAAAAAACCACAAAGGAACUCCACGAUGUCAACGGAACAAUGGUCUGA